UAAUUUAAAAGUCCGUCAUCGCAGCAAUGGAGUGUUUACUGUGUGCCUGCAGGCGAAUUUAUCAUGUCAACACGCGUCGAAACCUCGUUUCAAGGUCCAUUUAUGGAGCCAAGGGGUUGGUCAAUCCCUCCUUGGUCAGGUGUUUCAGACCUUCCAGUGGGCUUCAAGUCUAGAGUACCUUCUUAUUCGUGUAGCCCUGAACCAUGGCUUCUUCCAGGCUGUAGUUCUGUGUAUGACAGUCUUGUCAGUAAUGCAGCUCCAGCCACACCUCCUUGCCCCUUGAAUGGAGAAAGAGGACCCGGCCCAGUUAUGCAGAAGCCACGCAGGUCCUCCAUACUUGAACGAUGUAUCCUCAGGAUUUCUUCUUCUAGUGUUGCAGUUGGAACCGAGGACAUGGACGGUAUCGAGAGGUCCCAGUCGGGAAUGCGCUGGGCCCCGCGGAACCUGGAUCCGGCUCACGUGGAGGGCAACGAGUCCGUUCUGAAACGACGUCAGAAACAGAUUCAAUACGGCAAGAACACGUCUGGGUACCAGAACUACCUGGAGCAAGUUCCCAAGCGCCUGAGAAUCCCUGGGCUACACCCGUCAACUCCGAACAAGUAUAGAAAAUACAGCCGGCGCUCCUGGGACAUGCAGAUUCGACUUUGGCGGAGAGCUCUCCACGCUUGGGACCCUCCGUCUGAAGUGCAGGGAGAGGUGGCCAGGCAAGGAGAGGACCCUGUUGACCAACUGCAGGGGUUGCUUGAGCAGAUGAAUUGUGAGCUUCAAGAGGAUGGUGGCACACCUAAAGAGAGAACCAGAGGGAGGGAUAUGCCAUCUGAGUCCAAGCCCCCCUUCUCUACAGUGGCUGGAAUGUCAUCCAACAGUCCCUGGAUGGUUCCCCAUGUGUCCCAGGUGGGCGUGUCUGGUCCGGAGGGCCCGGUCUCCCAGACUGGUUUGGGGUACUCCUUUAGCAGUCACCUGACUGCUGAAGAGAAUGUGUUGGGAUGGCUGAGGUUCCUCCUGGAAACUGACCACUCCUGCAAUCAUCCGGUGCCCAUGCAGGGAGACCAGCUACCAUGGAAGCCGUACUGAUUGCCCUCUAUUGCUGUCCGUCACAGCGGUAUAUCUCUGGGGUGUCCGCCUUUAGGGGUGCACUGGGUCUGCCAAUUUGGUCAUGGUAUGAAAGAGGAUUGCUGUAAGAGAUUGACGAGACACUUGUGAUCAUGUCAGUUUGGGGUCACUAUUUACACUGUUUUUUAUGAAACAUUAAGCAGUAUCUGCUUCACUGAUGCACUUACAACCUAUUUAUUUGGACUUCACUACUUGCACCAUGUACUUAUUCAAUGUUUCUGUCCCAUUUUUUAUUAUUAUUUUUUGUUUUCUUUAUGCACUGCCCAACCCUCUGAAUCAAGGGACUCUUCUCACCCUCCCAGUUUACAUUUUUCUCUAAGGAGUAAAGUGCCAGUUUUUGCUUUUGGCCAGCCCACAUCACUGAUGUUCACCAGUCUGACGCCCAAGUGACUAAGGCUCUGUACUGUACCAUCCUCAUGCCUGCCUCGCUGUUUUUCUAAAAACAAUGUUGAUGGGGGGAAAAUGCUGUCACGUUCUUGUAGUUUUUAUUUUGUUUUUCCUCUGUCAUUUUGUACAGCCUGAGUACUGAAGCAAAUUAAUAAAGAUAUUUCAAAUUGA